GCGGCGUUUACUCGCUGGCCUAUUUAUGAUCUAGAAAAGAAUCCCCAAGACGUCAUCCCCGACUACCUCCAUAAUGAUCCAUCCGCCGAGCCUACCGACUCGGUCCCCGGGGAGUUAUCCUCAUAUCCCGCCAUAGUAAGGCACACGGACCGCGCGGCCGUGAUAAUUGAGAACCGCCCACUCGAGAAUCUCAUCCCCGUAAUGCUGCACUUCCACAGCGUCCUAGGGCCCGAAUGGCCCAUCAUCUUCUACACAACGCCAAACACCUCCUCGGCCCUUUCCACCUCGGCGCCCUUCGCCCGCGCCAUCAACGAGAACCGCUUCGAGGUCCGCUUCCUCCCGCCUGAGGCUGUAUUCGAUUCCCACCGUGCCGUCUCGCUUUUCCUUGCUGACACCUGGCUGUGGGAGGACCUGGCGCCGUUCCAGAAACUGCUGCUGUUCCAGGCCGACAGCAUUAUCUGUUCCGCGUCGGAGGCCACUGUGGAUGACUACAUUGAGUACGAUCUUAUCGGAGCGCCCAUCGACCCGGUGUAUGGGCAGGGGUUCAACGGGGGUCUGUCUAUACGGAACCGAGAGAUGGUGUUGGAUCUGUUUAAAAGCUAUAGCUACGCGAAUGAUAGUGCGGCUCCGGAUGCGCCCACGGCAUACAAGUUUGAGGACCAGUGGCUGUACUCGCGCAUGUUAGACUUGCCUGACAGGGAGGACGGCAGUCCCGGGGCGAAGCUGCCGGAUGAGGAGACGGCGAGGAGGUUUAGUGUUGAGACUUUGUGGGAGGAUAGGCCGUUGGGGUUCCAUCAGCCCGUUAGGUGGCAGAAGGCGAGGAUGGAUAAGGUUGUUAAGUACUGCCCUGAGGUGGGCAUGAUUAGUGGGUCAGCCUUCUUUUGA